AUGGGUGGAAGUUCUGUUGUUGGCAUUGAUGAUUUGGAAUUUGCUUCGUCGUUUAAUGAUGUUAAGACAUUGGUUUUGUUUGGUCGUACCGGUAAUGGCAAGAGUGCAACCGGUAAUAGUAUUCUUGGGAGAAAGGUUUUCGAAUCCAAGCCUAGUUCCUCCGGUGUCACCAACUCGUGUGAAAUGCAUACAACUGUAAUGAAAGAUGGACAGAUUGUUAAUGUUAUUGACAGUCCAGGAUUAUUUGAACUUUCGGACCGAUCUGAGUUUGUUGGGAAAGAAAUAGCCAAGUGCAUUGGUUUGGCCAAGGAUGGAAUUCAUGCCAUCCUUCUAGUGCUCUCUGUUAGAACACGCUUUAGUGUGGAAGAAGAAAAUGCUCUGCACAGCUUGCAGACAUUGUUUGGAACCAAAAUGGUUGAAUACAUGAUUUUGGUGUUUACUGGUGGAGAUGAUUUGGAAGAAAAUGAGGAGACAUUGGGCAAUUAUAUAGGUCAUGAAUGUCCGAAGUCUUUAAAGGAAAUUCUUUCUCUGUGUGAGAAUCGAUGUGUGCUUUUCGAUAACAAAACUAAGGAUGAAAAGAAGCAACUUGAACAAGUUCAACAACUUCUCUCUUAUGUAAACAUGGUUGUAUCAAAGAAUGACGGUCAGCCUUAUACGAAUGAGUUAUUUUCAAAACUAAAGGAAGGAGCAAUGGAACUGCAUAAACAUGAAAGAAAGGCGGCUACCUUUAAAGGAUAUUCAAAAGAAGAAAUGUUAGAGUUUAAAAACCAAAGGGAGCAAGCAUAUAAUGACCAGCUUAAUCGAAUCACCGAGAUGAUAGAGUCGAAGUUGAAGGAAGCAAUUACAAGGUUGGAGCAGCAAUUGGAACGAGAAAAAGCAGCAAGACAAGAAGCAGAAAUGAGAUCAAAAGAUGAAAUUGAGAAACUCAGGAAACAUCUUGAGCAAGCACGUCUUGAGCAGGAAAAAGCGGCAAGACGAGAAGCAGAAAUGAGAUCAAAAGAUGAAAUUAAGAAACUCAAAAAACAUGCACGUCUUGAGCAAGAAAGAGCGACAAGACUCGAAGCGGAAAUGAGAUCAAAUGAUAAAAUUAAAGAACUCAUGAAUCAUCUUGAGCAGGCCCAAGAAAAAAUCCGCAAGCAAGAAGCAAAUGCAAAAGAAAAACUCAGCAAACAAGAAUCACGUUAUGGGUGUGUCAUUCAAUGA